AUGGAACCGGCAAAAGUAACACUGACGGCUUAUCAGCUCCAAUAUUGCUUGCUCACUCACAGCAAGUGCAUCAAAUUCUUUUGGGGCUUCAUUCUCCUAUUGGCUCUAUCUAACUCAGCUGCAUCGUUUACCAUUGUCAAAACCUUACCGGGCUUCUCCGGUGAGCUACCAUUCCUACUUGAAACUGGGUACAUUGGCGUAGGAGAACUAGAUGAUAUUCAGCUUUUCUAUUACUUCGUCCAAUCGGAGGGGCUUCCAGCAACUGAUCCACUUGUGCUUUGGCUCACUGGAGGCCCUGGUUGCUCAGCUCUAUCUGGUUUCAUGUAUGAAAUCGGUCCAAUCAGUUUCGACUAUGAAAGGUCAAUUGACGGAGACAAACCAGUUUUAGUGUUGAACGACUACUCCUGGACUAAGGUUGCCAACAUUAUUUUCUUGGAUGCACCAGUUGGCACUGGAUUUUCAUAUGCAAAUACUUCAGCGGGAUACAACACUAGUGCUACAAAAUCAACUGCAGACGUGUAUAUGUUUCUAAGAAAGUGGCUUCUGGCUCACCCAAAAUUUCAAACCAAUCCCGUCUACAUUGCUGGUGAUUCUUACUCCGGUAUCACUGUUCCCCUCACUGUCAAGAAAAUUUCUGAUGGUAUCAAAGCUGGAAAUUUACCGCUAAUAAACCUCAAAGGCUAUGUUCUAGGAAACCCAUUAACCGAUGAGCAACAUGAUAAAAACUCAAGAAUUAAGUUUGCUCACAGAGUUGGACUUCUAUCUGAUGAACUCUAUGAGGAAACUAAAUUGGAUUGUCAUGGAGAGUAUGUUUACCCAAAUAAAAGUGAUGCUGGAUGUAUUGAGAAUCUUGAGACAGUCGAUCUGUGCUUAAAUGACAUAAACCCUGCCAUGGUGUUGGAACCACUGUGCCUCGCUUCCUCUGCAAAGCCAAACAAGCUUAACUGGGAACCAAGCCAUAGCGGUGUUGUUUUCCCAGACCCAGAUCCACUCCUUUUAGAAGUUAAUCGUACUGGGCAAUGGUGCAGGGAUUAUAACUAUUUGUUCCUAAACAUUUGGGCUAAUGAAAAACAAGUACAGGAAGCUCUACACGUUAGAAUUGGAACUAAACAAGAGUGGGAAAGAUGCAAUAGAAGCUUAUGUUAUGAAUAUGACAUACUAAAUAGCUUUGAUUAUCAUCGAAACUUCACAAACGAAGAUCUUAGAGCUAUCAUUUACAGUGGAGAUCAUGAUUACAUUGUUCCAUACGUGGGCACCCAAGAAUGGAUACAAUAUCUGAAUUUGACUGUUUCUUCUAAUGAGGAGUGGAGGCCAUGGUUUGUGGAUGGGCAAGUUGCAGGGUUAGUAACAAUAUUCCUGCAAUUCCGCUUUUGGUCACCAAUUAAUGAAUAAAGGAUCAGUUCAAUUGUGGUUUAUUAUUAUUGCAGUUAUACAGAGAUACACCGAAAGAAAAAGUACAGUUUAACAUUUGCGACUGUGAAGGGAGCAGGGCACACAGCUCCAGAGUACAAACCCAAGGAAUGCUUAAACAUGAUGAGUAGGUGGUUUGCUUAUUACAAUCUUUAGCGCUCGGGUGAGAGACUGGAGGGCUAGAUUCAUCUAAUAAGAAAGCCUAGUGUUACUUCCUAAGCUAAUGUGUGAUAUUUGUAGUCACAGAGACAGGCUAUGUUGCCCAUUUCGCACCGGUUCGAGUUCUUCAAGACAGGAAUUUGUUAAGAAAUCUGUCACUUUAAUGUAUUCUUUGACCACUUAUAUUGUACUAAUAUAUAUUUAUCUUAUGUUUUUAUCUUG